GGAAAGCGGAGCCGUCAGUGUCUGCACCUCCUCGGCUCCUCAUUUCCACCUCUUCCACCCACCCGACUCGGCGGCCUCCGCUCGUCCGCCCGUUCCUCGCCGGCGCCGUCUCUCCCGCAGACCGGUCUGUGGGUCCAGGGAGCCGCUUCUGCCCACCAGACUUAUGGCAGACAGAAGUGAUGGGCCAAUUGGGAGGCUCCCAGAACAUGUUAUCGUAGAAAUAUUCAUUCGUUUACCGGUCUAUGAGUGGGUGCAAUUAGCAUGUGUCAACAAGCAUUGGGCAAGCAUAUUUCAAGGAGACUACAUGUGGCAAACUGCUAUUGCAAGGAACUGGCCGUCUGCUGGUCUCCAAAAACGCUGGCCUGGGCCAAUUCCUAGAGGUUCUGCCAGGAGGAGAUUUCAAGCACUGUAUGUCAGUGAGAACUUAGUACAAUCUGGUGGGGAGAUUGAUGAGCUUGUUGGUCACACUUAUCUCUACUUAAAAGAACAGCUUGAGCGCCCUACCAUGCCUCCUUCCAGCAUACUUCAUGGCACCAUCAUUGAUCAGUUCAUUGCUUGUGGUAAUACAGGAGAAAAGGCCCAUGAUCUUGCUUCAAAAAUAUGGCUUGCAGUCAUUGACAGCUUGGAAGAAAACCAGCAAACUUUCAUGGUGUUAAAACGCAUUGCACAAGAAGGAGAAUUUUUCCUUCCAUUUCCAUACUCCAGAUCAUAUAAGGUAUUGUGGAGGGUGUUUGACAAGCUGUUCACCGACUUCCGUGAUUGUUUCAGUGGGGCUGAGUACCAUGAUGCUCUAUCAACUGCUAAGUCUAGGUUUCAGCCGGUGCCUUCUACAUGGCUUGGCCAUUAAUGCACUGUUGUUGCUCCUGUUGUGCACUUUACAAGUAUCAGAUAUUCAGAUAAAGUAGUGAUACUUUCCACAAGGGCAAGGCCUGAUGCAAAAGAGUGGCACUUCCAGUGGACGAUUCAUGUACAUGUAGCAUCUUGACAGCUUCAAGAGCAUUAAACUGUUGUUUGAGUGGGAAUACUCGUGUUCUUUUAAGUCCUUGAAGCUCCUUUGAUACAACUCGUCAUCUGUACAGUUAGUUCAGUGUAUACUGCACUUUCAGCAAUACCUGGUUUCAAUAUUUUGAGCUUCCAAUAGUACUGCUGAUUUGUUUUUCAGAAUAAUUUGCCGGAUUGUUCUCUCGUCUGCAUAUAGGCAAUCUGGUGUUUGAUGUAAGUAAAAGUUCUGGUGGAUACAUCUAAUGUUUUUUCUUAUUUCCACAUUGUGUUGUACUGAAAAAAUUACAGUCUAAUGAAGGUAGAUUGAUUGCAAAA